AUGGGUAACUGUCUCGGCAAGAAGCCGUCCACGGCGAGAUCUCCGACGGCUCUGCUCACUUCGGCCAAGCCCAUUCCUUACAACAACAGUGUGGAAAAGAGCAGCAUAGUGUCAUCUGCAUUGCCCGCUUAUCCCGCUGAUUCCCUCAAGGCCGGAAACAAAUCUCUCCCCGAAUGUCGGAAAACUUCGGUAACCGGGAAUAUUUAUUUGGCUUUGUACGAUUAUGAAGCCCGGACCGAUGAUGAUUUAAGUUUCAAAAGAAAUGACCUACUCGAAGUGCUUAAUGACAGCCUCGGAGAUUGGUGGUAUGCUCGAAGUUUGGCAACUUCCAAGGUUGGAUACAUUCCGUCCAAUUAUGUGGCCAAACAUCAAUCCAUCAGUGCUCAACCGUAGGUGUGUGUCGUCUUUUUGAUGUCUUUUUUCAGUUGGUACUUUGGGAAAGUACGAAGGAUGGAAGCAGAGAAAUUGCUUUUAUUGUCUUGCAAUGAGCACGGCGCCUUCCUGGUGCGUGAUUCGGAAUCGAGGCAAAAUGAAUACUCUCUCUCAGGUUAGCCCCAACAUUUUUCUUUUGGGAGACUUAUUUUUUUAGUUCGGGAUGGCGUUUCAAUAAAACAUUACCGUAUCCGUCCUUUGGAUCAGGGCGGGUAUUUCAUUGCCAGACGAGUCGUGUUCAAUACACUACAGGAGCUAAUCGAGCAUUACACAAAGGAUGCCGAUGGCCUUUGCGUGAAAUUGUCCAAACCUCCAUCUCGGAUCGAAUCUCCCCAAACGUCUACGUUUACGUACGAUGACCAAUGGGAGAUUGACCGAAGGUCUCUUCGACUUAUCUGCCAAAUCGGGUCAGGCCAAUUUGGAGAGGUAUGUACUUCAAAAUAACCUUCGUAUUUCGUACUGAUAUAAUAUUCUUUUACGACAAUCGGUUACACCAAUUGUAAAUUUAGGUUUGGGAGGGUCGAUGGAAUGGAACAACACCGGUCGCUGUUAAAAAGUUGAAACCCGGAACUGCCGAUAUUGAAGACUUCUUGGCCGAGGCACAAAUAAUGAAGAGGAUGAGGCAUCCAAAACUGUUGCAACUUUAUGCCGUAUGUAGUAAGGAGGAACCUAUUCUGAUUGUGACUGAGCUCAUGCAAGAAAAUCUUUUACAUUUCCUCCAAGGAAGAGGAAAGAGUUCGCCGAUGGUAUCUCUGGUCGAUGUGGCUGCUCAAAUUGCCAGUGGAAUGAGAUAUUUGGAAGAAAAAAAUUUCAUUCACAGAGAUCUGGCUGCUAGGAACAUUUUGGUUUCCAACUCAUGUUCAGUAAAAAUAGCCGACUUCGGAUUGACCAGGCUGAUCAAGGAAAAUGAAUAUGAAGCACGGAUCGGCGCCAGGUUUCCCAUCAAGGUACGUUUUGAAACAAAACAAACACCAGGCAAGCAAAGACAUUUUUUUGCAGUAUAAAGAAGAUGGGCGAUUUUUUGUCUGAAAUUUUUUUUCUUCGCUGGCGCGGAAAGUAGUGUAUUCCGCGGAGAAUUUUCGCUUUUUUGUCAUCAAACCGAUCUUAAACGCUUUAUUGUGAUGCAGAAACUAAAUUUUAUUUGCAAAAUGGAUCAGAAGGCCGGCUACAACGCUUUGCGAUCAUAUUUAGCGACUGUACGGUGAAAUGCAGUCGCUGCAACACCGAUAAAGUAGGAGCGCACCGUGCGGAUGUUUGAAACACUAGGGCAAAGAGAAAUUUAAAAGACGAUUUUUGGCUCGCUGCGUCAGCGGUGGACAUAGGAAAAAAUCGAUUUUGAGUUUUUUGCAUAAAAAUGACCGUCGACAUGUGCUAAGGAAAAGCGAACAACAGUUUUUCUUAAUUCUGCCCGGAAGGCAUAAAUUUGCUUAAAUUUGUCUUUUUUGGAAUUUUCGACCUGGUGACGUCAUAGAAAGAGCAAAUCACCCAAAAUUUUUCUUGUUUACGUUUUCGACCAUUGGGAAUUCAUUUUUUUGGAAAUUAAGUCUCUCAGAGUACUGUAACAUAGGCAUAUUGUAAUCCGGUCGAUAAAAAUCGACCGUAACUCCUUCAUAUCAAAAAUCCCACACAAUUUUAUUUCAGAUUUGGAAUCAGCAUAAAAUUCUUCAUAUUAUAAUAUACACAUAAUGUGAGGUCAUAACUCCAGGGGGGAGAUCGCGUAGUAUAUUGGAUUUUGGCAAAAAGUACGUUUGAAAGGUCGCGGGUUCGAUCCCCGCUUGGUGCAAAUAUUGAAAACACGGCGGAAAUCGCGUUUAAUGGACACCUAAGGGUUAUAUGAGAUACACUAAGCAAUUUUAAACAUUAAUGCAUAUCUAAUUGCGAUUAAAACUGAUUUUAUAUAAUUUUUGGAGACUGAAUAUGCAAAAAAUGAAAUUGCUUCAAACCGCUUGAAAUUGGCAACACUUAUUCUAGGGUCAGUUGUAAGAAACUUUUGUGUUAACUUUUUUGGCUGAUCACCGUACCAUGGAUUACUGUAGCAUUAAACCUGAUUUGGUUUUUCGUUUACCACAUGGUGCAUAGAAGUCGGAUUGUCGUCAUUGUACUCAGAAUGGUUAAGAAAGGGUUUUCUUGUGUACAAAAAAAUUUUUAUGGCUGUACCGUUUGGAAUGGCCGAGUUAUUUGACGCACUUUCACCAAUUGAUUAUGACAUCAAGACGCGUUGCAAUUAAGGUCGAAUUUUCUUUCAUAUAUCGAAAGUGGAUCUUUUCGCUGUCUUAAACGACUAAUUAAAACGAUUUAAUAUUUUAUGCAAGAAUUUUGAAGAAAAUUGGAAAGAGUUAUGACCUCACAUUAUGUGUAUAAUAUGCAGAAUUUUAUGCUGAUUCUGAAUCUGAAAUAAAAUCCUGUGGGAUUUUUGAUAUGAAAGAGUUACGGUCGAUUUUUAUCGACCUGAUUAUAACAUGCCUAUGUUACAGUAAUCUGAGAGACUUAAUUUAAAAAAAAAUGAAUUCCCAAUGGUCGAAAACGUAAACAAGCAAAAUUUUGGGUGAUUUGCUCUUUCUAUGACGUCACCAGGUCGAAAAUUCCAAAAAAGACAAAUUUAAGCAAAUUUAUGCCUUCCGGGCAGAAUUAAGAAAAACUGUUGUUCGCUUUUCCUUAGCACAUGUCGACGGUCAUUUUUAUGCAAAAAACUCGAAAUCAAUUUUUUCCUAUGUCCCGGGUCCAUUACGGGCUGACGCAGCGAGCCAAAAAUCGUCUUUUAAGCGGAGAAUACUGUGUUGUUUUCUGGUGCACGAAGUGGUUCCUCGAUUGCUAAACUUGUGCCAAGGCUUGGCGACGAAAUUGUGGAGGGCAUAUGAUACCAGCAGAAAGUGCUAGCCAACCCAUAAUAAUUGUGUUGGGAAAAUUGUCCGCAGCUGAGUCAUGGCCUCCGCCGAUACGGCGAGCCCGCCAUACCCUCGCCAAACGCUUCAUAAACAAGAAAAAUAAGUAAAUAUCCUCUUUUCAACCACCAGAAAUCAAAAAAGCGUCUAAGAUUUGUGUGAUGACCAAAAAAGCGAUUAAAAGUCUCCGCCGAAUACACUACUUUCCGCGUCGGCGGAGAAAAAAAACUUUUUUCAGGCAAAAAAUCGCCAUCUUCUUCUUUCCACUGCAAAACAAUUUUUUGGAUAUCUUUGCUGAGCGCCAAGAACGGGACAAAAACUUUCCGUGAAAUUCCUUGAGACACCCUGUAUUAUAAGCUACAGGUUCAAGUCACAUCGCGUCAUAUUUACAUAAAAAUUGCACGAUUUGCUAAAGAAUAAUCCAAAUAGUUUUUUUUUAGUGGACAGCCCCAGAAGCUGCUAAUUACAAUAAGUUUACCAUCAAGUCAGAUGUAUGGUCGUUCGGAAUUCUAUUGACGGAAUUGGUCACCUUCGGAAGAAUUCCAUACCCUGGGAUGACCAAUGCCGAAGUUUUGCAAAAAGUGGAAAACGGCUACCGAAUGCCGUGCCCUCCCGGAUGUCCUCCAGCUUUAUAUGAAAUCAUGUUGCAAUGUUGGCACAAAGAACCUGAGAAAAGGCCGACUUUUGAGACAUUGCAAUGGAAACUGGAAGAUCUGUUCUCAAAUCAGGGGUCCGAAUACAAAGAAGCAUCUAUCUCAUACUAA